UGUCCUAGUUACAGGUCCUUGUUGCCCCUCACUGCCACAUCAAAGGCCAUGCCAUGAGGGGCGCUUAUAUAAACACCACCAAUAUCCAGGCCUCCCGGGAAAGUGUGAGAGGAAGGGAGAAGCAAGACGAUCCAGGCAGAGGGAUCAAAAAGGUCCUCCUCGUCCUUUGUGGGUGGCCAAGUUAGCGUCACGCACGCAGGCCGGCCGGUUAGAAGAACGCUGAGGGGAGCGUCGGGGAACCAAGGCAUGGGGAGGCCACCGUGCUGCGAGAAGGGUGGGGUGAAGAAGGGGCCAUGGACGCCGGAGGAGGACCUCGUGCUCGUCUCCUAUGUGCAGGACCACGGCCCCGGGAACUGGCGCGCCGUGCCCACCAGCACCGGGCUGAUGCGAUGCAGCAAGAGCUGCCGGCUCCGGUGGACCAACUAUCUCCGCCCGGGCAUCAAGCGCGGCAACUUCAGCGACCAGGAAGAGAAGCUCAUCAUCCACCUCCAGGCGCUGCUCGGGAACAGGUGGGCGGCGAUCGCGUCGUACAUGCCGGAGCGGACAGACAACGACAUCAAGAACUACUGGAACACGCACCUCAAGAAAAAGUUCACUAAGACGGGCGGCGGCGGUGGCGCCGAGGCGAAGAGCGGCAGAUGCGCCGCGCCCAAGGGGCAGUGGGAGCGGCGGCUGCAGACGGACAUCCACACCGCGCGCCAAGCACUCCGGGAGGCACUGUCCCUGGACCCCGACCCCGUGCCUCCGUCCGCCAAGCCGGAGCAAGUGCCGCAACAACCGCCGGCGCCAGCUGCUACCCAGGCCGCCGGCCAGGCGACAUACGCUUCCAGCGCCGAGAACAUCGCGCGCCUGCUGGAGGGCUGGAUGCACCCCGGCGGCGGCUCCGGCGCCGCCGGGAAGGUGUCGUCCGGGUCGAGGUCCUCGGCCUCCUCCGUGUCGGCGUUCUCCGGUGAUGAGGGCGCGUCGGCGAGCAACAGCGGCACAGCAGUGCGCAUGCCAGAGAGGCCUACCAGGACGAGCAAGGCGGUGGAUGAUGCGGGCACCGCGGGGCCGGGGCCAUCGUUCUCAAUGCUGGAGAGCUGGCUGCUCGACGACGGCGUGGGGCAUGGCGACACGGGGCUCGUCAGCGUGCCGUUGGGCGACCCGUGCGAGUUCUUUUAGACCUGAUCGGAGGGGCCAAAUAAGGAGAAACAAUAUACGUAGAAGUGACUAGGCUGGAAGUAGAAGAAAGAAGCCAUGAAUUGAAUCCCUGCUAACUAUGUAAUAAUAAGUCCAUAUACUAAUCCAUGGGUUGUGAAUGGAGGAUGAAUUGAAUGUCGA